CGUCGACUCAUCGCAUCUCCUUAUCCGAAUGGGCGGUGCAUAACGGACUGCGUUGUGAUAGUAUGAUGGUUGGUAGGCGCGGUUGAACUGCGUCAGAUAAAUGAUGGACUGGCCUCCCGUCCGUCCGAAACAUCGUCGACUCCCCUGCAGCGUUCAGGCAGGACGGAACCGUCGAAUUUGUCUCUUUCCUCUUGACCUCGUCUGCUAGCUGUCUGUAUACCACUUAUCCUCAUAUCACCCUCGACGGCCUGGUGUUACGUCGGGCGCUGCGCCGCUAACAAAACCCCCUCUCUGUACACCGUCCCUCCGUCGUGUUUUCGUGACGUACCCAAGGCAAACGUAAAUCCAUGUCGUCGGUCCUCAACUCGGUGUUCCGCAAGGGGAUUAAGAACCGGUUCCACCUCGCCCACCGCGCGCAGUCUCCGCCCUCCCCCGGCUCCUUCGUCUCACAUGAAACUAACGACAAGCCCUUCAACCCCUAUUCGCUCGUCGAAGCGUCUCAGUCCUCGCUAAAUCAGCAAUCGGCGCGCCAGGCCGAAGGGCAGCCAAGCGAGUCGAGCAAACGCAUCAGCUCGCCUAAAGUCAAUGUUGACAUUGGCACUGAUGGUUUCUCGCUGUCCGACUGGCUCGCGUCAGAGCUGAUGCAACAGAGAGGGGGUUCUCCGGCGCCGCUGCCAGAAAGAGGCGCAUCAUUGGGCGCAACAGCUGGGACGGGUAGCAGCGUCAAGUCAGGAGGGAAUCGGUCGGUGGGCAAGGGCGUGGAGGGCAACCAUGUUGCGAGUGGGAGUGGACAGUCAGACACCGGAUCGCUGUCGAACGCUGGCUCGAAGAUUGUGCCCAUGCCGCCACCCGUAGGUGAGGGGUCGCAUUCGGAGGUGGGACGUGGUCAUGUACGAAACCUCUCGGAGGACGACGUGAUAGUUAUCGAAGCUCCAAGGGGAAGAGACGUGAGUCCGUCUACAGCUUUGUUCGAGCUUUCCGUUUAUAUGUCGCCCUUAUAGCCGACCCUAUCUCCGCUGAGCUCGAGCUUCAAAAAUAUCAGGGGGGCUGAAAGCGAGAGGGACAGGGAUGCGCCACGACGACUGCCUCCGAUACCUGUUACAAUACCUGAAACUGAGGUUCAACAACGGCGAGCAGCAUCCUUGGAGUCGAGCCACCCGAAUAAGCGAACAGACGGAAGUCUCUCUCCCCUGUCGCAGUACACCUCUUUUACUCGAUCCCGGUCUCGGCUUCACUCUCGCUCCCGACCAAGCUCGCUGCACUCGCGCUACUCCGACACGGACAUAGACUACGAUGACAACCUCACCUCGGCAGUCUCUGGGACGACACUGGCGCGCGCUCUCGUCUCUUCGUAUAUCCUCUCUCCAACUUCAGCACCAUCUCCUGGAGGUCGGUCCUCUGGGCGCACACCGGGUCAUCUCGCGCGCCAAGACUCUGCUACGCUUCCGCGCGGAGAACUGCCAUUCUACUACAAUAGGAAGAGCUUGCGCUCGAGCAUGCGAUCGAGUAAGGGCAGCCUCGCCGCCAUCUCCCGAGUUGGGAGUACCUACUGGCGGGACCGGCGUAUCAGCGGCGACCAGAUCGUCGUCAUGAGCCCGGACGAGCGAGAUGGUUGGGGUGAGGACGGCGAUGUGCCGCCGGUGCCGCCGGUUCCGGCAGGGCUGAGCUCCCAACCAUCGCCGCACAGUCGCAGCCGGAAGCCUUCACCUAACUCAAGCGAGGGCUCGCAAGAGAGUUCUGCUGGACUGACUGCCGCAUGGAGGCGGAGUAGCGGUUCGAAGCGGCGCUCCACAGACAUAGUCCUGGGCAACGUUCCGGAUAUGAAACGGCGUCGGAUCUCGAAGAUAUCGGAAGUCAGCACAUCACAGGCGAGCUCCGCCCCUGGUGCUGCGAGCAUAUACACAGCGUUUGGUUCAGCCAGCCGUGGUUCGUUGAUUGUGGAAAACGACAGUCCGCAGGAGGACAACGCCGUUCACCAAUCACACCAAUCACAAGAAGUAUCACAAGACGAUGCUGGAGACGCUCACGGUACUGGGCACCAUUCUCAAUCUGAGCAGCAACCUGACGAUGUCCCGACUACUACUGAGGCUGCUACCUCUUCUCAAGAUACCCCUCGUCAAGAUACCCCCGUCCUGUCCCUAACACACAGCGCAACCUCGGCCGAAAGUGCGUGGUUUCCUUGUAGGCAUCGAGUGCGAAUUUAAACUCUCACUAGGUUCUUUGCGCACACCGCCAUCUGCCGCCAUACCCGUGGACCACCUUCGACCGCGGAUAUCUCGCUCUUACUCGGAGUCGAUCCAGCGAAGAGCCUUAGGUCCACGCUCUUCUGUAAACCUUCUUCCUAUUGGCGAACGACCUCGAUCUCACUAUAUCCAGUCCUCAUCGAGCAUACAUCCACGUUCCUCCAUUGAGUCCGUAACCCGGCCGUACUCUAUCGCAUCCUCCUUGCAACAGUCUGUCGUGCCUGCCACCGGGAGCGAUUCACCACGGUCUCCCGACCUAAUCGACAUUAUGUUCGCCGGCUCUCGGGUCGUUCAAGGAAGCAGUGGCCUCUCCGGGACGCGAGUGUUCAGCCCCCCUGCUCCAAUCUCCGUUCCACCGCCCGAAAGCCCUCAAUUUGACUUCCUUCCGGAAGGCUCAAGCUCUCCAUCAACAGAGCUAGCAGGGCCACAGACCUUCCCGGAAACACCCUACGCAUUCACGCCGUUGGUCUCUGCUGGGUUCUUGACUCCACGGUUGCCCCGGGGGACUGGGACACCAGAACGGGCUAUAACCACGCCUCUGAGAAACGGCAGGCCCCCCAGGUCUGGCAUUGGGAGACAGGUUCUGAUGCGUCAUACAUUGGCAGCGAACUCGCCGGUCAGCGCGGAGCUGUCCACCAGGAUGCCCAUGACCCCGCCGCCGUCCGGGUCAGACGUGCCGCUAGCACCUCUGCACGAGGCCGUCGACGCCUUGCCAGUUCCGGGGAGUGCAGAUGCAUUAUCGAUGAUUGAGGAGUGCAAUUCACCUGUUUCGCACAAGAGCCAACCGUCCUUGUACUCCAAUACCCCGGAGCACUCUCCUGCGCCUCUAUCACGCAGCAGGCCGAUCUCAAGAUUAUCUGUUGAAGUUCCGAGCGUUGCCGUUGCUGAACAGCCUUCGAGUCUCGUCCUAACCAAACGGUCAUUACCUUCUCUCCCGUCUCCACCACCAACGUCUUUCUCUCUGCCUCCUUCUCCGUCGUUUUCGCCAGCGGAGCCAGAGCACGAGCUUGUGGAAGAAAGGUCGGGGAAGGUCGCAGACGAGCCUCUGGCGUCGAUAACAGAAAACAGAUCUGACGAACUGCCCGAGAAUAAGAGUGCCUCGUCAUCAUCUGCUCUCCCUUCGAUCCCUGUGGAACCCUUUGAAAUUGUUCAGCGAGUUCUGCGGGCAAGGCCCCAACCUUUGCCUCCUGUGAUGAGCCGAACGACAUCCAGUGUACAUGGCACUCGUAGUAGGCCGCCUCCACCAUCUGGUCCGCGCAGACCGAGUGGUCCUGCAUUUCAUCUCAGUAAAAGCAGGAGUCGCAACGGCUCGGUUUCAUCUUCGUUGGGAAGCCCUCCAGCCAAUACCACAACGAGCAACGCAGCAAAUCUCCUCAACAAGGGCACGCCCCCUCCCUUCUCCUCAUCGAGCCCUCGCUUCCAAACGCAGCCUGUGAAGUUCCGCGGACUCACGUUGGAGGCAGCGCAGUGGACAUGGACCCGCGAGCAACUGCAAGAAACUGUCUCAGCUGCAAUCAAGAAGUCUGCCGACCCAUCCUCAACUCGCCUUCUUUCAACUGAAGUCCUAGAAGAGCAGAUUCCACAGGACAUCCAGCGGCUGGAGGUCCUGAGUGCUGAGCUCAGGACGAACUACAAGCUCGCAGUGCGGAAGCGCAGGAUGCUUCUUGACUCCCUACGGGUCAUUGCCGACGGAGGAGAGCUAGCCGAACAGGCCGUGUCUGCGCGUCUUGUCGACGACUUGACCGAUUUGUCGGAUCAAAUGAGCCAUCUCUCCGAGGAGCUGUAUGUCGUCACCGAUCAGCUCAGCCAGCUGCACCAUCUGCAAGACAUACACUUCGGCAGUGCCCUGGCGAUGGCCCUUCACAAACUCAACAAUUCCCUCAUCAAGCAUCUGAGGGAGAAGGACCACCUCCAGCAGCAGGUCGCUUCGCUCGAGGCGGAGCGAGAUGAUGGUUGGCGGCACGCCGAGGAGGCCGCCCGUGAGCUGGACGACCUCAGCGAGAAGGUCGCGAUGAACGAAGGUGUAUUGACGCCAGCCAGCAGCCGCAGAUCCAGCAAGAUUAGCAUUGCCCGCAAGGUCAGUGUCCGCAGAGCUGGGCUGCGUUCUCCGAGUCGGCUGCGCGUUGCCAGCAACAGCGCGAUCGCACCGCCGUCGAUACGAGCCACGUCUGGGGACAUUCCCCCUGUUCCGCCCAUCCCCUUACGCACUCCGCUCGCACUGUCAACCUCUGAUCUGCCGGGUCGAAGUGCAGGCUUGACGGAUGAUUACACGCCCCUCACACCUUACUCAGAGACCCGCGCCAUGCAGAAGGCGCAAGAAGAGCUCUGCAAAAUGCUCGGUAUCAGUCCCGAAGAUCUUCGAGGGUCCCCGAUCAGGACGCAUAACAAGCGGUCUUUAUCGCUCUCAGCUACGAUGCAGAACCCUCGCAACGUUCACUCGUUCGUAUCUCGAAGAAAGUCCGAGAUCCACACUCCGAACACUGGUGCAUCUGACGGUUUUCGGAUCCACCGUCACAGCCAGAAUAUUAAUGACCGCACAGUAGUGCUCGCCGCUAUCGGCAUGGCCUCCGCAUAGUAUACGUCUUCACUGUUAUAUUUAUCAUUUUGGACCUCAUUCUAUUACCAUCGCCUACCGCUCUGCACGUCGCUUUCGCAUUCACGUCGCUAGUCACUCUUUUGUUGCAUGUUUCACUAAAUUUUUGACGAUCAGAGAAAUGACAUUUGAUGUACCUGUACUGAUGAAGUAUACUACACAGCAAUCAUCACCCGCUCUUGCGAUGUCGGAACAUGCUCGGUUAUGAUGGUCUACCUAUUUAGCG